AUGGCGGUGUUGGAAUUGAUGUUGUUGCUGCAGAUACCGGACAGUGAGCUCCAGGGACAUACUGAAUGUGCCAUCCGCAAGCCUCUCUAUACUCCUCACAGAUAUUCAGAGUCAGGGGACCUCAUGAUUGGGGGGACUGCCUCUCAAGUGAUUGUAUUUUUGGAACGAUUCUCCUUUUCUGAAUAUCCAGCUUCUCAUACUGACAUUCCCAUGAUAGUGACAAAGAAUUAUCAGCAUGUCCUGGCUUUGGCAUUUGCUGUCAAGGAAAUAAAUGGAAAUCCACACAUCUUGCCCAAUACUACCUUGGGAUUCCACAUUUUUGAGAGCUACUUUAGUCCAAAGAGAAUCUAUCACAUUGUAAUGGAAUUUUUCUCCACACACCAUAGAUUUGUUCCAAACUAUAAGUGUGGAAUUUAUAACAACUUGAUAGGAGUCAUUGGUGGACUAGGCUCUGAAACGUCCCACCACUUUUCCACCAUUUUGGAUAUUUACAAGCUUCCACAGUUCUUUUAUGAUGAUUCUACCCCCAUGAAGGGUAGCACAAACUUCCUUUCCUUAUACCAAAUGCUUCCUAAUAAAAUCCAUCAGUAUAGAGGAAUUGUCCAGCUACUUCUGCAUUUCAGAUGGCUGUGGGUGGGCCUAAUGACUAUGGAUGAUGAUAACGCAGAAAUGUUUCUGAAGACCAUAUUGCCAGAACUGCAUCAGAAUGGCAUCUGUCCUGCUUUCACAAAGAAAAUGUUCAAAAUUACUUUUUUUGAUGACUUCAUAGCAGUGCAAGAAAACUUUAACAGAACAUUUGGAGAAGUUAUGAAUAGUGAUGCCAAUGUUAUCAUUAUCCAUGGAGAUACUGGCACUAUGCUAAAUUUGAGAAUGCUGCUAAAUCAAGGAAAAACUGACCAUGAAAAAAUAUUUUAUAAAGUUUGGGUUAUGACAGUCCAGUUGGAUUUGGUAGCAUUGAGCAUGCAUAAGGACUGGAAUAUAGAAGUCUUUCAUGGUGCCCUAGCAUUCACAAUACAUUCACAUGAAGUUCCAAGUUUUCACAAUUUUAUUCAGACUCUAACACCUCACUUGGCCAAGGGAGAUGGCUUUAUCCACACAUUCUGGGAGCAAGUAUUUGGCUGUUCAUUUUCAAAUUCUAAUCUGGAGGAGGAGGAUGUGAAAAGUUGCACUGGGAAAGAAAAGUUGGAGAGCAUUCCUGGGCCUUUCUUUGAAAUGAGUAUGACCGGCCAUAGCUACAUUGUCUAUAAUGCAGUAUAUGCUUUGGCAACUUCUAUACAUGCAUUCUACUCAUCCAGAUCAACUGUAAUGGCAGUCAGAAGAAGACAAGACCAUAAGUUUAUACAGCCAUGGCAGGUUGUUCCCAUUUCUCUGUGUAAUAACAUAUGCAACCCUGGGUAUCAGAAGAAGAAGAAAGAAGGGAAGCCAUUUUGCUGCUAUGAUUGUGUUCCAUGUGCAAAAGGGAAGGUUUCUUAUUUGACAGACAUGGAUUCCUGUACCACCUGCCAAGCAGACCACUUUCCGAACAAGGAGCAAAAGCACUGCAUCCUCAAGAAAGUGACCUUUUUGACUUUUGAGGACAUGCUGGGAAUGAGCUCAGCAAUUGCUGCACUUCUGUUUUCCUUGACUACUACCAUGGUAACAGGAACAUUUGUGAAGCACCACAAUACUCCCAUCGUCAAAGCCAACAACCGGGACCUCACCUACACCCUCCUCAUCUCCCUCCUUCUCUGCUUCCUUUUUGUGUUGCUAUUCAUCGGCCGUCCUCAGAAAGUGACAUGUUUCAUCCGACAAAUGGCUUUCAGCAUCACCUUCUCAGUAGCUGUUUCUUGUGUGUUGGCAAAAACCAUCGCAGUGGUUCUGGCUUUCAUGGCUACCAGACCAGGAAGCAACAUGAGGAAAUGGCUGGGGAAAAGACUGACCACAUCCAUGGUCCUUUUCUGUUCCCAUGUUCAAGCAGGCAUUUGUGCUGCAUGGCUGGCAACCUCUCCCCCUUUCCCAGACAUUGACAUGGCCACCAUGCCUGAAGAAAUUGUACUAGAAUGUAAUGAGGGGUCCAUAACUAUGUUUUACUGUGCCCUUGGCUACAUCGGCUUCUUGGCAUUUCUGAGUUUCACUGUGGCUUUCUUUGCCAGGAAACUCCCGGACAGUUUCAAUGAAGCCAAGUUCAUCACUUUUAGCAUGCUAGUGUUUUGUGCUGUGUGGUUGUCCUUUCUUCCAACCUACCAGAGCACUAAGGGAAAAUACAUGGUGGCUGUGGAGAUAUUUUCUAUCUUAGCCUCCAGUGCUGGGCUUUUGGGUUGCAUCUUCUUCCCAAAAUGCUACAUUAUUAUUCUAAGACCAGAACUGAAUAAAAAGGAGAAUCUAAUGAAGAGAAAAACUUAG